AUGGCCUGCGAUGAAGCCAAAUGUGGGUACAACAGAAAGAGGCAGAGAAAGUCAUUUAUUUGCAGUGUGGAGACAAAGUUCUACCAACACAUCCUCGCCCUGGUGUUUGCCAUUGAUGAAAUAAAUGAGACUCCCAAAAUUUUGCCCAAUGUCACUCUUGGGUUCCACAUCUAUGUCAGCUACUCUGAUUCAAGGAUGACCUACCGUACCACUCUGGACCUGCUCUUUAAAUUGCAUCAGUUUGUACCCAACUACAAAUGUGGCAUCCAGAGAAAUGUAAUGGGAGUCAUUGGGGGACUGAGCUCUAUAACCUCAUCAUGCAUGGCAGACAUCUUAGGUCUUUACAAGAUUCCACAGAUUUCAUAUGGCUCAUUUGAAUCAACAGUGAGUUAUCCAAUGAAUUUCCUUUCAUUUUACCGCAUGGUCCCCAAUGAAAGCCUCCAGUAUCAAGGAAUCAUCAAGUUACUUCUGCAUUUCAGCUGGAAAUGGGUAGGUCUCAUUGCUAUGGAUGACGAAGGUGGAGAACGUUUCUUCCAAACCAUACAGCCGAUGCUUUCUGAGAAUGGAAUCUGUUCAGCAUUUACCCAAAGUCACUCCAAAGAACAUCAAGACUUCCAAGAAUUUCUUCAGAUUGUCAAUCCUUCUUGGGCAAAUGGAGAUAAUUUUAUCAAAGUUUUCUGGCAACAAGCAUUUGGGUGUUCAUUGUCAAACUCCACUGUAUCUACAUUCAUCGGUACCACAUGUACUGGAGAAGAGAUGCUGGAGAGCCUUCCUGCACCUUAUUUUGAAAUGAGCAUGACUGGCCACAGCUACAGUAUCUACAAUGCUGUCUAUGCUCAGGCACACGCCUUGCAUACCAUGUACUCAUCUAGUUCCAAACACAAACUGAUGGAGGUCAGGGGAAGACUGUCUCCCCGUAAUGUAGAACCCUGGCAGGUGCCACCCCUGUCUGUGUGUAAUGACAAAUGCCCUCCUGGUUAUGGAAAGAAAAAGAAGGAGGGAAAGAAAUUUUGCUGCUACGAUUGUGCUGCAUGCCCAGAUGGGAUGGUCUCAAAUGAGAAGGAUAUGGAAAUGUGUGUCAGUUGUCCAGAAGAUCAAUCUCCAAACAAAAGAAAGGAUCAAUGCAUUCCUAAGAUUCUAAACUUCCUUGCUUUUAAUGAAACUUUUGCCAUUGUUUCAAUUUUCUGUGCACUUUUGUUGACUCUGGUCACACUUUUGGUGCUUGGCAUCUUCAUUAAGCACCAGGACACUCCCAUAGUCAAAGCCAACAACAGAAGCCUCACCUACAUUCUCCUCAUCACCCUCCUCUUGUGUUUCCUCUGCUCUUUGAUGUUCAUCGGAAGGCCUAAUAAAGUGACCUGCCUUCUCCAACAAACUGCUUUUGGCACCAUCUUCUCUGUGGCCCUCUCCAGCAUCUUGGCCAAAACCAUCUGUGUUGUUUUGGCAUUCAUGGCCACCAAGCCAGGAUCCAAGAUGAGGAAAUGGGUGGGGAAAAGACUGGCUUAUUCCAUUGUCCUUUCCUGCUCCAGUAUUCAAGUAGGGAUCUGCACUUUGUGGCUGGCAACCUCUCCUCCAUUUCCAGAUUCAGAUGUGCACACCAUGACUGAUGAAAUUGUACUACAGUGUAAUGAAGGGUCAGUCCUCAUGUUCUAUUCUGUCUUGGGCUACAUGGGUUUCCUUGCCAUCCUCAGCUUCACUGUAGCUUUUCUAUCCAGGAGGUUGCCCGACAGUUUUAAUGAAGCCAAGUUCAUCACCUUCAGCAUGUUGGUCUUUUGCAGUGUUUGGCUGUCCUUUAUUCCAACUUACCUGAGCACCAGAGGAAAACACAUGGUGGCUGUGGAGAUCUUCUCCAUUUUGGCUUCCAGUGCUGGGUUGCUGGGUUGCAUCUUUUGCCCCAAAUGCUACAUUAUUGUUUUGAGGCCUGAAUUGAACAGCAGAGAGCAUCUAAUACGAAGACAAUUUUAA